AUGGAGGAAAAGAUGCCAGAACCCACAGACAUCCAGCUCGACGAGAAGCUACCACCCCAGAUUGUCGUUGUGGAUGACGAGGAGAAACUUAUUCUGCGCAAAAUCGAUGUGCACUUGAUGCCGUUCAUGUUCGUCACCUACAUGCUCCAAUAUCUCGACAAGAUCACCCUUGGAUACACAGCCGUUAUGGGAAUACAAGCAGAUAUACAUCUAGUCGGUCAACAAUAUUCUUGGUGCAGUAGUGCGUUCUACUUCGGAUAUCUCGUCGCCUCCUUCCCCGGCUCCAUCGGAUUCGUCAAAUUUCCCCUUGGAAAGUACCUCUCGACCGCCAUCCUCUGCUGGUCUAUAAUCUUAAUGUGUCAUGGCGCAGCCUCAAACUUCACCUCUCUCAUAAUCCUGCGUGUCCUUCUCGGCGUUUUCGAAAGCAUCAUCAGUCCAGGCUUCAGUCUGAUCACUGGAUUAUGGUACAAGCCAUCAGAACACUCUCUCCGCCACGGGAUAUGGUUCGCUGGAAAUGGACAGGCGAGUAUCUUUGGGGGUGUACUGGGAUAUGCUAUAGGCGAGAUUCGAAGCCCGCUUGCGGCGUGGAGAUGGCUGUUUAUUAUCUUUGGGCUGAUUACUUUUGUUUGGUCGAUGGUACUGAUGAUUUUCAUGCCUGAUAGUGCAUUGAAUGCGCGCUGGUUGACGCCUCAUGAGCGAGAGAUCGCGCAUAGUCGACCUCAGAAACAGUCUCGUAGCUUUAAGAGUACGCAUUGGAAGCCGAGUCAAGCACUGGAGGCGAUUAUGGAUCCGAAGACUUGGUUGCUCUUCUUCUAUACUGCUCUUACGAGCUUGCCCAAUGGUGGAGUCACAAAUUUCACAUCCGUGAUAAUUAAAGGCCUAGGUUAUGGCGAACUUCGAACUCUCCAACUCGGUAUGCCUCAGGGAGCCUGUCAAGUAGUCUUCACCCUAACCGCCGCCUACCUCGCCACCAAACUCCGACGCUCACGCUGCAUAAUCAUCGCCUGCCUGCUCUGCAUUGCAACUCUUGGCUGGUGUCUCGUCGGCUACCUCCCCGCCUCACAUAAGAGCGGCCGUCUCGGCGGUGUAUGCAUCUUUGCUGCUUACGCUUCGGGUUUCCCUCUUUCUUUGAGCAUAAUCGCUAGUGAUGUGGCGGGAUACACGAAAAAGACUGUUGUGAGCGCGAUUCUAUUCCUUGCGUAUUGUGCAGGGAAUAUUUCUGGGCCGCAAGUGUUCUUCGCGAGGGAGGCACCACAUUAUCAGACUGGGUGUAAGGUUUGUAUUAUUUGUUUGUGCUUGGGGAUUGUGGAUAUCUUGGUGUUGAGGCAGUAUAUGGAUUGGGAGAAUAAAAGGAGGGAUAAGGCUCAGGGUGUCAAGAUCGAGGCUGAGCCAGGAAGACUUAGUGGUGAGAUUGGGGUUGUUGAGCUGCCGAGUGCGGGGUUGGACGAGACGGAUUGGGAACAGGAGGGAUUUCGUUACAUUCUGUGA